AUUCCGGCAUCAGCGCGCCGCGUUCUCCUGGAGCCAGAUCCGGAGUGAAACCUGGCAGCGUUAUGGGGGGGAUCCGAGCGUCCACACAGAGAGCAACCCAGCGUGGGGACGAGCCCGAACUCCCCUCGCCUUAAGGGGCGGCUCGCUCCGGGUCUGUGCGGCCUGGCUGCUGCCAGCCAGCUCUCGCCCGCAACGGGGAUCUCACCCCGCCUGCCGCCGUGUUUGAAAUAGUUUUCUUCAGUGGCAGGGGGCGGGCUAAUGAGGGGAAGGCAGAGCCAGCCUGGCCCCGGUACACCAGAGCUUGACUGUCCGUGGUAAUUAGUCGGGAAACGGGCCGGCGUCCUGUGGUGGAAUUACUGUAACAAGCUGUCUUUUCUCUAAUUAGCUGCGCAGAUUGAAUGUUGAGGAAGAAUGAAGAGCGAUGCACAGAAGAUCGCUGAAGUUCAGCGUUUUGGACUGCACUGAACGAAACAAUGCUUGAAAUAUGCACUGCAGUCAAAAGACAUUAAUCGUUUUGCUGAGCCCUUUGAAGCGGACAAGCAUGCUUACAUACACAAAUGUAGCCCUGAAAUUAAAAUGUGAAGUUGUUCUAGAGAAUUAAACUCUCAACAAGACUAGUUCCAGUGGAUGGCCUAAAACCAUGUCCCUGUCUCGUGUUGAAAAUCCUUGUUUUCUGCUCUUCCUAGCUGUCUUUCAAGCAAUAUUUAUCCUGAUUUUGUACCGAGGUGGAGCAUCGAGUGUGUUUCGAGGACUUUUAGAUGCACCUCAGCCCUUGGAUUACUCAAAAACACAGGAUGUGUAUACAAACCUCAGCUUGUUCACCCGAGCUCCUAAUGAAGAAACUAUGCCAUAUUGCACAGCCCAGUCACCGAUAUUUGUUGGUCCAUUAACCAUCACCUUUAAUGCAUUCCCCAGUGAAAGACUGAUAAUAAAAAAAAAUCCCUUUGUUCGGUUUGGAGGCCGCUACAGCCCUCCUCACUGCCUGGCUCGCUACAAAUCAGCCAUCAUUGUACCACACAAGAACCAGGAGAAGCACCUGCGACACCUUCUCUAUUAUCUUCAUCCCUUCCUGCAGCGCCAACAGCUUCACUACGGCAUCUACUUGAUUCACCAGGCUGGGAAUGCUACUUUUAACCGAGCCAAGCUCCUUAAUGUUGGUGUCCGGGAAGCCAUGAAGGAUGAGGACUGGGACUGUCUGCUCCUGCAUGACGUGGACCUCAUUCCUGAAAAUGAUUAUAACCUCUACGUCUGUGAUGAAUACUACCCCAAACACAUUGCCAGUGCCAUAGACAAAUUCCAGUACAGUUUGCCAUAUUGGUCCUUUUUUGGAGGUGUCUCUGCUUUGACUCCAGAGCAUUACAUGAAGAUAAAUGGGUUUCCAAACACCUACUGGGGCAGUCGUGGUGAAGACGAUGACAUUGCUGCAAGGAUUCAGUUAGCAGGAAUGAAAAUAGUCAGGACCCCUAUUCAUCUUGGACGUUACAAAAUGGUGGAUCUUGAGCAACACAAAGGGAGUGAAGAGUACCCAAUAAGGCCUGCUCCACUGCAUAACACCAGAAAAACAUGGAAGGAUGAUGGAAUGAAUUCUGUAGAGUUCAAACUCCUUUCAAGAAAGAAGCACCUUCUUUAUACCAACAUCACUGUGGACAUUGGGAAUGCUCCCACGCUGCCUCCAGAGAAUAAAAACAAAGAGAAGAGAGCUUGAGUAUUAGUGCAGCACCUGGAAAUUGUGCAACACAGGAGGUGCCAGCCUAUAGUUAAUCAGGAAUCAGAGGUCUACAAAGAUUGAGGAAUUAUUUCCUGCUGUGGGCUUCACCUUUCCUCCAAACAUGCAAGGGUUAGAAGAAAAGUCUUCAGGAAUGAGGCAUGACAGCUACUAGACUGGAUUCAGUUUAUUGUAGAGAAUCUCUUUUAAGCGCUGUAAAAUGUGAUGCUUACUGAGCCCUUUACACACACAC